AUGGCUUCCUGCGCUGCGGAGAGGGAGCCAUUGCUGCCGAGAGAAGGGCCUGCGGAGCCAGUGACCCCCGCGUCCUGCUGCGGCCGAGUGCGACGCUUCUUCUGCGCGGUGACGGUCGAGCCUGUCUGCUUCCUCUACGCCAUCACCUUCGGGAUGACGAUGGCGCUUCUGCCGAAUCUAUGGGUGGACAAAAUUUGCUCGGUUCAGCUGGACUACGGCGAGGAGACCUGCGCCAGCCUGCAGGAGGAGAAAGACCCGGCGAAGCAGGACGCCGUCCAGAAGAUGUCUGCGCAGAUGUCCCUCUACUUCCAGCUCCUGCUGUUCGUGCCGGCCGUCUUCGCCAAUCUGCUGCUGGGGGCGUGGGGGGAUACGCGCGGCCGCCGCCUACCCGUGCUGGCCCCCGUCGUCGGCUCGCUGCUCAUGGCCCUCGUCAUCAUGGCCAACUGCUACUGGUGGGCCCUGCCCCCGGCCCUGCUCCUGCUGGCCGCGCUCCCCGCUGGCUGCACCGGCUCCAUGAUGGCCGUCUUCUCGGCCUCCUUCGCCUAUGUGGGCGCCGUGGCGGGCAGGAGAGCGCGCACGCUGCGGCUGUCGGUGCUCGGGGUGACCAUGAUGGUGUGCAACCCCGCCGGCAGGGCAAUUGCGCUCCUCGUCUACGACAGGUGCGGCUACGUGGCCACCCUCGGCUGCCAGGUGGGGAUGUACGUUGUCAGCAUCGUGUACAUUCAGCUGAGGCUGAAGAAGUGGCCCUCCGGGGCGUGCGCGCCGGGGGAGCAGGAGGGCAGGAGCGUCUGCAGCGUCUUGUCGCCCUCGAGUCUCAAGGAGACGCUGAGGACGGCCUGCAGGACGAGGGAGAGCGGCGGCCACUGGGACGUCCUGGGCCACAUCGCCGUCAUCUGCCUCUCCAUCUCCACUCUGGCCGCUAAUGUUCUCUUUGGAUACCUGUACACACGGAAGAAAUUCGCCUGGGACUACGACACCUACACCGUGUGGACUGUGAUUGACCUGCCUCUCUCCUCGCUGGGUGUCCUUAUCUUCCAACCGAUCCUGAACUACUAUUGGCAAGUGGAAGACAACAUCCUGGCUCUCGCUGGCGGAAUCUCGCAUCUUUUCUACUACACGCUGGUGGCCACAGCGCCCAGGCCGUGGGUGCUCUACCUAGGCUAUUUUGCCUAA